CCAAAAUCCAAAUCGCCUCAACCACCCGAAAACCGCUUGACCCGAACUCUCUCUCUCUCUUUCCUCUCUCUAUUCUCUCUCUCUAGGAAAUUUCUCUCUCUAGGAAAUUGCAGCUUUUUGUAAAGGCUAUAUGCACAACAUUGAAGAAUAGUAAUACGAAGAAGGAAGCUGAAGGCGAAUCGCGAAUCCUAGAGCAACGAGGUAAAGCGUAGGAGAGGGACCGAGAGCUGCUGCUGAUAUCAAGAACAAAUGGCGAUUUCCUUGACGAGUAUUGAAUUUGCUUAAGUUUUGUCUCCAAAGUUUCAUAAGCUGAGAGAAGAAGUUUUGACCAGAAGAGAUUCGGAUAUAUUAUUUACAACUUGUAUUAGCUGAAUUGACAUUCACCAUGGUUGCUACUUCUGCAACAUCUGCGCUUUUCACGGUGGCUUCAACUCCACCAGAUUCUGGUGCCCAAACGUCUGGAAAGAUUAGUGGAAUCCCUACAAAUAUAGGUGCUCAAGGAAUCAAGUCAAAAUCUAUUAAUUCUGCUCGUAUUCAGGUUAAGACUAAUGCCCAAGCGCCUCACAAGGUUAAUGGUAGUAAAGUUGGUGUGAUGGAAGGAUUAAAGUGCGAAGAUGAAACUAAUUCAUCACCACCUUCUAGAACAAUCAUCAAUCAACUACCAGACUGGAGCAUGCUUCUAGCUGCAAUUACAACAAUCUUCUUGGCUGCUGAGAAGCAGUGGACGACGCUUGAUUGGAAGCCUAGGCGUCCUGAUAUGCUUAUUGAUCCGUUUGGUUUGGGGAAAAUUGUUCAAGAUGGUCUUGUGUUCCGCCAAAACUUCUCCAUCCGAUCCUAUGAAAUAGGGGCUGAUCGAACAGCGUCUAUAGAAACGUUAAUGAAUCAUUUACAGGAAACUGCCCUUAAUCAUGUGAAGACUGCUGGUCUUCUUGGUGAUGGGUUUGGUUCUACUCCAGAGAUGUGCAAAAGGAACCUAAUUUGGGUGGUUACAAAAAUGCAGGUUCUGGUUGAUCAAUAUCCUACUUGGGGGGAUGUUGUUCAAGUAGACACGUGGGUGGCUCAAUCUGGAAAGAAUGGAAUGCGACGAGACUGGCUCGUUCGCAACUAUAAUACUGGAGAGAUAUUAACAAGAGCUUCCAGCAUAUGGGUUAUGAUGAAUAAACAGACAAGAAGGCUGUCCAAGAUUCCGGAUGAAGUGAGAGAAGAGAUAGAGCCUUAUUUUGUCGAUUCACCUCCUGUUGUUGACGAUGAUGGCAGGAAAUUACCUAAGCUAGAUGAAAAAUCUGCAGAUUAUGUUCGUUCUGGUUUAACUCCUAAAUGGAGUGAUUUAGAUGUCAAUCAGCAUGUUAACAAUGUGAAGUACAUUGGUUGGAUUCUUGAGAGUGCUCCACCUGCGAUAAUGGAGAGUCACGAGCUCUACGGAGUGACGCUGGAAUACAGGAGAGAAUGUGGAAGGGAGAGCGUUUUGCAGUCACUGACUUCAGUGGGUAACAACAGCGUGGGAAGUCUUCUCGAUUCUGGCUAUGUUGAGUGUAAGCAUCUUCUCCGACUCGAAGAUGGUGCAGAAAUUCUCAAGGCUCGGACCGAAUGGAGGCCCAAAUUCGCGAUUAAUAUCGGUCAUCUCCCAGCUGGAGGAGGAACUGCUUAAGCAAAAAAAAGAAAAAAAAGAUAAGGUUCCAACAUCAUGUAAAAAUCAUCAUCCUCUCCUUCCUGCAGUUUCUCACUCGGUCUGAAUAUUUUUUUUUCUACCAAUAUAUCUAUUAAUAUUCA